CAACCCCUCGAGGCUGGACUACGUGUUUGACUUUGGGCGGCUUUUGGCGAAAGGAAAUAAAAGAGAAAAGUUGAAAGCUUUGGCUGAAAAAUGCCGGACAAUAACCCCCACGGCCGUGGGCUCUCUCCAGGUGUACGGACACCUCAAAAGACUCGAGGGGGCCCCACAAGAAGCAGUUCAGCUUUUGCAUGCAGCCACAGCUCUAGACCCCACCUCUGGGGAGUGCUGGAGCCAGCUGGGCUCGGCGUAUCUGGAGCUGGGGGACUUGCUGUCAGCAGCAAAAGCUUUUGCUGCUGCAGCAGCAGCAGCACCAGCAGCAGCAGCAGCAAGAAUUGGCGCGGGCCAAACGCAGGCGCUGCUGCUCAACUGGGCAGCAGCAGAAAGGCAAUACGCAGCAGCUGUCAAGUGCAGGCCGGACUUGCCGACAACCUGGUGGCACUUGGGCAUUGCACAAAAGCAGCAAAAUAAAAUUGCCUUGGCACUGAAGAGUUUCCAGCAGUGCUGGUUUCUCUCUCAGUCGUCUGAGGCAGCAGCAGAAUGCUUUGGAUGCGCCAUGCUGCUGCGGUCUUCGGACUCUGUGGGCCCUUUGACUUUGGCGCUGUGGGCAGAGCGGCUGGUGGAGGGGUUUGUCUUCAAUUGA